AUGGCUGUGGAUGUUCUCGGUUUGGUGGUUUUAGCGGUAUUUUAUGUUACUAUUCUUAUUAUUGGUAUUGUUGCUGGACGUAAGAGCACCAAAUCCAACGAUCCCGACGAACUGUUCAUUGCCAAUAGAAGCUUUGGUCUGUUUGUGGCCAGUUUUACCACAGCUGGUAAGUACUGCAACAUUAUUCGACAAACUGUGCUGGCGAUACCUUUUUCUAUAAUGAAUCCUGCGGUGGAUAUGUCUCAUAUCCAGGACACAUGGACUGGCCACAUGGAACCAGAACUCAUUGGACUGUACAUUGAUACAGCAUUAAUGCUUAUUAUGGGGGGAAUGCCUUGGCAGGCGCUGUACCAACGCGUGCUUGCCUGUAAGAGUCCAAAGAUAGCCCGGAAUGCGUGUUUAAUGGCGACAUGUAUCUCCCUACUGCUAGCCCUACCUCCCACAGUUGUUGGGGCCAUAGGAUCCGCCACAGAUUGGAACGCCACUGAAUAUCCGGGAAAUGUGCCGCUUGAGUACAAACAGUGGGCUCACAUUUUCCCCAUGGUACUUCAGUUCCUCUGCCCAACAGCGGUCUCCAUCAUUGGUAUAGGAGCCGUCUCGGCAGCAGUCAUGUCAUCUGCAGACUCGUGUGUUUUAUCUACUGGAAGUGUAUUCGCAAAUAAUGUAUACAAAAAUAUAUUUCGACCUAAGGCAAGUCAGAGAGAGAUUGUGUGGGUCCUUCGCCUGACGAUAGUCGUUGUUGGUACCGUUGGAGCGGUCAUUGCCCUCACAGUGGGCAGUGUGUACGGACUAUUCAUAAUGUCCGCUGACCUGAUGUACGUCAUACAGUUUCCUCAGCUUGUCUGUGUUCUAUGGGUCAAGUGUGCGAAUACAUACGGCAGCCUUACUGGCUUCGUCAUCGGUCUUUUCCUCCGAGUGGCGGGAGGGGAACCGUUCCUCAAGAUAGCUCCAUUGAUCCAGUAUCCCAUGUACCACGAAGAAUACGGACAGCUCUUCCCUUUCAAAACUGAGUCAAUGCUUUGUUCCCUGUUCACGAUUUGCGUUGUGUCGUACAUAACAGAGCGACUGUUCACCCAAGGGACGCUAUCCAUGAAAUUCAACAUCUUCCAUUGCUAUAAAGACGCGGACGAGGAAAAGAAAAAAGAUGACGACGGAGAUAUUGAAAAGAAAGAACCUUUUAUAGCACCGGUAGAGCCAGACCAUUUUGAAUUACAUCAAGAAAACCGGAGUAACUGCAGAAAACACCGACGACCUGCGGCCAGAACCCGCAAGCCACUGGCGGUGGCAGAUGAUCGUAGACGGUCAGACGCCUUAACAACAUGGCCAAUGCGGACUCCAUGUGCUCCCUUACAGAACUCACACAACUAA